AUGCCGAUGGCUGAGCCGGACGUCGAGGUGCCGGAGGGGGAGGUCAAGAAGGGAGCGAAGCUCUUCAAGGCGAAGUGCGCCCAGUGCCACACCAUCGAGAAGGGCGGCAACGCCAAGCAGGGCCCACCGCUGUGGGGCGUAUUCGGGCGCCAGUCCGGGACCCUGGAGGGAUUCGCCUACUCCGAGGCCAACAAGAACUCGGGCAUCAUCUGGUCGCACAAGCACAUGUACGAAUACCUCGUCAACCCGAAAAAGUACAUCCCGGGCACGAAGAUGGUCUUCGCGGGCAUCAAGAAGGAGAAGGAGCGCGCGGACCUCAUUGCGUACAUGGCGACCUGCGGGUGA